AUGGAGCUUUGGGCGUCCGGACUCAACGCCUGGGGCCAGCUCGACUUCUCCGAUCGAAAUGGCGGGGAUGAAUUCGCCAAGGAUGAUCUGAAGAGCUUCAAGUGUAUCCUGGAAGAUCACAGUAUCCAGAUCCUGAGAACCUCGAUUUCGGCAACGCUCGUGUCAACUCAUGCCGGACUCCGAACAGCAGGUACUCCAGACAAGUUUAUCCAGCUCUGCCAACGAUCGGAUGGCCUUCCCAAUACCGCCAUAGCAGGCAACGACCAAAGAGCAGAAUUUACGCCUGGAGGUAAGGAUACGCACAUCUUGACCCAGUACAAAUCCUUCGACGAUGCAGCGCAAACACUUGGAGAGUACGAGGAGAUGGAAGACAUAGUCGCCAACCAAACAACUUUCACAGCUCUCGCCAAGUCCGGUCGCAUAUACACAUGGGGAGAUGCGCGAUAUCCAAACUGUCUCGGCCGGGACAUCGGUGAGAAUCCCGCAGGCGAGCCAAGCAUCGUUGAGGAUCUGGCCGAAGUCGCUGCGAGCGGCAUCAAAAAAAUAUCUUCCGGUGGGUACGUCACAGCUGCGUUGACAAGGGACAAUGAUGUCUAUGUCUGGGGUGGCAGAGCCGGUCAAAAACCCUUGAUAGACGGGCUGGAAGGGAGUCCAACGCCGAUUGAUUUAGAUGGUGAAGAUUUUCUCGAUAUAGCCGUUGGGAUGAACCAUAUGCUUGUUCUGACCACCGGGCGGAAGCUAUUGGUCGUUGGUUUGGGGGAGAAUGGCCAGCUUGGGUUGGAUGUGAAGGAGGUCGAGAACUGGACAAAGGUUGAUUUGGCGCUGAAGGAGGGCCAGCAGAUCGUAAGUAUCCAUGCUGGCUACAAGAACUCCUUCCUGUUAGUAGACGCUGUACUAUGA